AUGCCCAACGCCGGAAUUGACCAGGCCGUCAUCGUCGGCGGCCUAAACCCCGUCGAGGGUAAGGUCUUCCCGGUCCCCACCCACUCUGCCGCCAACGAGAAGGAGGUUAUCGUGGGUGCCGCACGAGCCGACACCGAGGGCACGCUCGGAGACGACAAGAUCAGCGCUGCACCGUCGGCAGGGGACGGCGGCGAUCACGAGAAGGACGACGAUGACAGCAGCAGCGACGAUGUUAUCAUCAUCACCGGUGCCGACGCUGCCCGCCACCUCCUGCCCUUGCGGGAUGACUUCGAUACGGCCCUGACAUUUCGCAGCCUGGUCCUCGCCUCUGGUCUAUCUUGUUUUCAGGCCGUUAUGAGCCAGAUUUACACUUUUAAACCGACGGCAAUUACCAUCUCAGGUACUUUCAUUGUCCUUAUCGCCUACUUCCUCGGCAAGGGAUGGGCUGCGGGUCUCCCCCGCGGUGACAAGUUUGAGGCCAAAUGGAGGGCCAAGGGCGGCGAGGGCAAACCGCCAAGGUGGAUUUCCAUCAUCAAGUUUAUCAACCCCGGCCCAUGGACCUUGAAGGAGCAUGCCGUGUGCGCGAUCACGGCCACAUCUGCCUCAAAUGCUUCCGCCAGCGUCCAGGUUUUCGCCGCCCAAGACCUCUUCUACGACCUGCCUCUGAGCGCCGCCACCGUCAUCUUAAGCACCAUCUCAAUUGGUCUGUUUGGAUACGGCAUGUGUGGUGUCAUGCGCCCGAUUGCUGUUUGGCACGUGGACGCCGUCUACUGGAGUACUUUGCCAACUGUCAAGACACUUCAAGGCUUGCACUGGCAGGAUCUGAAAAACUCGAAGCCGCUGCGGUACUUCUGGUACGCUUUUGGCGGCAUGUUUGCGUAUGAAUGGUUUCCAGCAUACAUGUUUCCAUGGCUGAAUUCCGUAUCAAUCCCGUGCUUAGCCGCAAUGAAAGCUACUGGUAGCAAGGCUGCUGUGUUGACAAACCUCUUUGGGGGGUCUAUCAACAAUGAAGGAAUCGGAUUGUUCAGCCUGUCUCUCGACUGGCAAUAUAUCACCUCCUUCAACACAUCACUUCCCCUAAAACUGCAAGUCCACGCCGCAGUCGGAUACCUCGUCUGCUUCGCCGCCAUGCUUGGCAUCUACUACACGAACGUCUGGGAGGCACAGUCACUUCCUUUCAUGUCGACGACGCUGAGAACAGAUGACGGCGGAAAGUACCCUAUCACUGAGGUUUUCACCGGCGGGGUGCUCAACGAGACAGCUCUGGCUGAGAACGGUUUGCCUCGUCUUACGGGCACGUUUGCGUACGCGAUGCUCAUGGCGAAUGCGGCAAUCGGCGCUCUGGUUAUGCAUUGCUUUCUCUUCUGGGGCGGAGACAUCGUCAGAGCAUAUAAGAGUGCGAAGGCGGGCCGGUACGACGAUCGCCAUCACACACACAUGGCUAAGCACUACAAGGAAACACCAUGGUGGUGGUACAUUAUUGUGCUCGUCGUCAGUUUCAUUAUUGGCCUGGUCGUCGUGAUUAAGGAGAACAUUACACUCCCCGCCUGGGCCUACAUUGUUUCACUUUUACUCGGGAUGUUUAUCGCGCCUUUGAGCACUCUUCUCUACUCUCGGUAUGGCAACGGCAUUGCCACCAACAACUUGUCGAAAAUGUUGGCUGGCCUUAUGCUACCUGGCCGGCCCGUUGGAAAUAUGUAUUUUGCAGCAUGGUCACACAAUGUCAUCAGCAACGCUGUCACCUUGUGCAAUGACUUGAAGAUGGGCGAAUACCUCAAAAUCCCGCCCCGAGUGAUGUUCCUUACUCAGAUUUAUGGCACAAUCCUUGGCGGUUUCAUCAAUUACGCUGUAAUGAUCAGUAUCGUCAACGGAAACCGCGAUCUCCUUGUGAACAGCAACGGCAACUCUUCUUGGAGCGGUGCCACAAUGCAGUCAUACAAUACUAACGCCACGUCCUGGGCGCUGGCAAACUAUCUAUAUGGAUCUGGUGGCCUCUAUUAUAUGGUGCCUAUUGGCUUGGCAAUUGGCGGCGGUCUCGUCAUCGUCCACCGCAUAUUUGUAUUCUUCGUCCCCAAGAUCAAAGGCGUCUCGACCGCAGAACUCAACCUACCGCAGUUCAUCCAGUAUGCCGGCUACAUCCCAUACAAUGCCAGUCAGACCUGCGUCAUCUUCAGUCAGGUCAUCGCCGGCUUCUUCACCCAGUUCUACCUGCGCAAUUACCGCCCGCGGAUCUUUAAGGACUACUCAUAUCUGGUCACCGGCGCCUUCGAUGGAGCGAGUCUCGCCGUACUCUUCAUCCUUUCGUUUGCCGUCUUCGGCGCAGGCGGGCCAUCUAAGCCCUUCCCUACGUGGUGGGGUAACAACGCGGAUGGUUAUUACGAUCUGUGCCCAUCGCCUCCGGAGUAA